AUUCGACAUUAUUCUAAUAAGCCAACUACGUUUUUGUAAAGUAUUUGGUUACUUUAGAGUUUUGUUAGCUUCCUUGGUUUGGAUUUUAGCGACAUUAGAGCAAUAGCUGAUGGUAAAAAUGGGAAUAUUGCAUCUAAAUUAUUUUGCUGGUUUAAAUAAUUUAAAGCCGAAUUGAAAAUUGUUUUAUUAAGAUCCUUUGACGGUAAAGUGCAUCGUAGCAAAUAGGUUUUAAAAUGAUAAUUGACAUAAAUUAGCGUUUCUGUGAUACAAAUCUGGGGUAGGCUACUAGCUAGCAUCUUUUAAACUGAUCAUUACGGUAUUUAUGCAAUUUCCCGUGUGGACUUUUACGUAACUGUACAGGACACCAUGAGCACACACCGGCUGUUAACUGAACAUAUUUAGCUUUUAAACGGUUACUUCUGGGUCUGCUGGAAGAUGGCUGGUUGUGCCUUCGUGUCCAGAUUUUCGCCGCUCGUGAGAAGACAGUUUUGUUGUAAACUGUCUUCCUCGCGCACACCAGUUAGUGCCUUUUCCUGCGCUAUCGUCUGCUCUCAGCUACAGAAAGCAGAGGGGACCAGCGCUCUGACAGGCAAAGUGGACCGGUUCGGUGGGGUGACAGUCAACCUUGGUGAGAUCGGACUGCCUGCGGACAUCAGCGAAAAUUCAUUCAGCAGAUUAUUGCAAGAUUCUUUAAACCAGUGGAAAGCAGAGGGGAAGGUGGCAGUGUGGUUACGAGUACCCAUCUCACUGAGUCGAUGUGCUGCUGCCGCCUCCACUCAUGGCUUCACCUUCCAUCACACCAAAAGUGACCACGCCAUGCUGGCUCUCUGGCUGGGGGAAGGGGAAAGCAGGCUUCCAGGGUUUGCUACUCACCAAGUUGGAGUAGCAGGUGCAGUUGUCGACGAGUCCACUGGAAAAGUUCUUGUCGUCCAGGAUAAAAAUAAGACAAAGAAUGCCUGGAAAUUCCCCGGUGGUUUGUCGGAUCCAGGAGAAAAUAUCGGCGCCACUGCUGUUCGUGAAGUUUUUGAGGAGACCGGCGUUCGAUCCGAGUUCAGAUCUCUGCUCAGCAUCCGGCAGCAGCACAACCAUCCUGGCGCCUUCGGCAUGUCAGACAUGUACAUCAUCUGCCGCCUGAGCCCGCUCACCUACGAGAUCAACUUCUGCACUCAGGAGUGUCUGCGCUGCGAGUGGCUGGACCUCAGCGAGCUGGCCAGGACCAGCAGCACCACUCCCAUCACCUCACGCAUCGCCAGGCUGCUGCUCCACGGUCUGGAGCACGGCUUCGACAAGAUCGACCUCACCAUGGAGGAGCUCCCCGCCAUUUACUCCGGGAUGUUCUACCAGCUGUACCACAGACAGCUCCCUGCAGCGCUAAGAUCAUAGGGAGCCAUCACAAUUUAAGGCUGUGAAUGCUCAUAUUUAAACUAUUUAUAUAUGGACUGUUACUUUUAAAACGUGUGAAGCUGCAGGUUUUUAGAGGUCAUGCAUUUAGAGGUCUAUCGCAGUUUUAUUACUGCUGUUUUAAUUGGUUUAUUUUUGAGGGCCACAUUCAGACACUACUGCUGAUCUUGACUAAUUUUAAAGAUUCUGUUCUGAAAUCUGCUGUAAUAAGAUUUUAUAAUCAGGACUGAGAUAGCUGUAGCUUGUUAACUAACUUGGGGACAGUUUGCCUAACAUAAACAAACUAAACUGGCUGGAAUAGUAAUAUUUAUUUAAUAGACUAGCCAGCCACGAGGGAAGAUCGAUGUUUGUAGAACAAGGAAAAUGUUCUCCGCUUUUGUUCAUUUUGGGGUAAUUGAAGCGGCAGGUACCAGUUGUAGUGAAAUUGUAGUGAAACUGGAUUUAUCUAGAAGCAGCCUGGUAUGAAUCUCUGGGACUGUUAGUCAAAAAUAAAGCUGACUAAUAAAACAUGUUUUAGGAUAAAAAAGUGGAGCAUCACAGCUAUUUUGGGCAAUGCUAAUGGAUCUCUGAUUUCAUUGCCGUCACAUCUUCGUCAGCAUCUUCGGUAUCUCACAACCAGAUCCCCCACUUAGCACUUAGCAGACAUGGGAAGGAAAAGAAUGGCCUUCUGACCCGGUCCAGUUUUGUUUCCAGACUUGUACUGGCCAGUCCGCUUCAGCGCCACGUACAUGUUCGGAUACUUCCUGGAGCGGUAGGUGUUGUAGUUGUUGCUCUCAAGCCGUUCUAAGAAGUAGCACUCGUCUGUCGCUCGCCUCUGGAGAGAAGGAACAAUAUCACAUGAGUGAAUGGUGAUCUGAUGCUAAUGCUGCUAUUUACUGUGGAAAAGAGAGGAUUUAAAUCUGCAGUCAUCCAAAUACAGAACCAAAACCUAAAGGAAAUGUAGGGAAAACUGAAAGAAAACCCUUAUGGGAAUUGUGUACAAAAUUCCAACCAAUAAAAACUGGCCAGAAAAUGCCACUAUUUCUCUUUUUACUUGCAUAUAAGUCGAUAUAUUUAUUUAUGUAUAAACUAAACCUAAAAGACAUUUGCCUAAUUUUGUUUGGAUACAUUUUAAUCUAAUUUAUUUAAAUGGUUUAAUUGAAAGGGAACAGCCAUUAAAUCAUUGAAUAAUCAAGGAAAAAAAAACAUGUAAAUAAUGUCUGAUGGAGCAGGAAAUACAGAAAGUUAUUUUUUGUGUG